AAGUGUUACGACUACUCGCAUCAGAACUCCAUUGCUAGCGCGUAGCGUGUAAACAAUUAGAAAUUAGAAACAAAUAUAACAAGACAUGAGGCUGUGAUUAAUACUUUAAGGAACAAAACAUUUAACUGGCUUCAGUAUGCAGGCGACCUUGCCUCCGAUGUGGUCCGAGAUCGAGAGAUACAGGCGGAGACGGGGGCGACUCACACUGUCAGAGUUGACGGAGAUCACGGCCAGGGCACAUCAGCUCCAUCUACAGUCCCAGAUGUUCCAGCUGAGUCCCCAGGAGUUGCGACGUCUCCGCGAGCUACAUGCUCGCCUGGACUGGUCUCGAGCACACCGACCGGAGAUAGUGUUGUACUCGCCCGCACAACUCAGGCAACUCAUAAGUCUGAGUCGGCCAGCCCUGGACGUUCCCCUGGCGAGUCCUCCGUUCCCUCGAGCCCCGCCCCCGUCCCCGGCCGGGCCCUGGCGUCCCGGGCCAUUAGGGGCGCCCUGGCAUCUCCCUGAUAGUAACCCCUCGUCCGAGCCCCGCAGCCCGGGCGGGGAGUGGUCGUGGCGCGGAGUGCGCGGCUGGGGCGCGGGGGCUCUGUUACUCGUGGCCGCCCUGCUGCUGGUGCGGGCCACCGACCGCUGCUUCACCAAGGGCUACUCGCGCUCGCGAAGAAGACGUUCCGAGGAAUGGCCAUCAGCGAAUGUGCUCGCCACUAGUCAACAAGGUUCCACUAACAUAGAGCUGGAUCUCCAUCCAGGGAACCUAUUCCCGCUGGAGUCCUCGCCGCCGCCUGACCCUCCACCGCCGUAUACAGCCUUACAACACGAGGAGCCUCCCCCGCCGUACUGCCACGUAGCAUUCACAAACAAACCCCAGUCGCCCACCGUACACAUAUACCUCACAGGAAACGAAACAGUCGCGCAUUCCAGCCACGGAUCCGACCACGGCGGCGGAAGUGAUGUCGACGAUGACCAAAAAACGUCUCGAGACCCGGAAACAGAGCGCGGUGAAGAAGAUGCACAGAGACAUAAUGAUGCGGGGAUAGACAACGAGGCGGCGCCGGCAGGCAGGUCCAUAGACAUCACACAUGGCGACGAGAUACGGGACGCCGCGGGGAGAGAGCAGACCUGCUAACCACCUGGUCGCGAGGCUUAUUUUUUAUCACAUCAGUUCUUACGACGCAUGACCUUCCUUGCCGUCCGUGUGUAUCCCCGGCGGGCGGCUGCGUAGUGUUUUAGUGUCGUUAGUGUUCCGUAGUCGGUAGAGGUCCAUAUUCACACCGAUCACUCGAGCGCCGGCGGCUCCCGGGCGUCGGGACCGGAAGCCGCUCAGAUGACACGCAACCAAUAAACAUGUACCGUUUGUAA